CCCUGUGCCCACAAUACCGACUCUGUCCUGUCGCGGAUUAUUUCACUUUCUGAUCUGAGGGAGGGGCCGGGACUGAAGCGAAAGUGAAACAGCCCUAAGUUUCGAGUGGACCUGCCGAGCCUGCACCCUCACAAACAAAACUGACCCUUUCGCUGCACAUCGAGGAAGGAAGAUGGAACAUUCCAUCACCUUUCCCAUCUCCGAGGAGCUGUACCGUCCAAUGCAAGGAAUUAAGGAGACACUUACAAAAUUAUUUGCUAAGAAAUUCAGCUGCCAGAUUGAAGUGAAAGGGCCCAAAUAUCUGGCGCUUCCUGGAGCACAAGGUUCUAAGUUAGUCUAUGAGAAGAAGAUGCCCGGAGGCUUCCGUGUGAGCACCUGGAAGGGUGACCUUACUAUGCAAGACGUUGAUGCUGUGGUUAAUGCAGCUAAUGACCAGCUUGAGCAUAUUGGGGGCUUGGCCCUUGCUUUGGCAAAUGCUGGGGGGCCAGUAGUAGAAGAGGAGAGCAGGAGGCACAUAGAAAAGAAUGGGAAAGUGAAAACUGGAUCCAUUGCUGUAACAUCAGCAGGAAAUCUGCCCUGUAGUUGGAUCAUUCAUGCCGUAGGGCCGAAGUGGGUUGACUACAAACAUUCCCAGUGCGAGAGUGAGCUGAAGGAGGUCAUUACCAGCAUCCUUAGGCAUGUAAACAAAGAUAGUCGCAUCACGUCUGUGGCAAUACCGGCUGUGAGCUCAGGGAUCUUUGGUUUCCCCCUUACACUCUGUGCCAAUAUUUUAGUGCAGGCGAUCGAGAACUUUAGCAGUCAGGUAAAAUGUGACCAUCUGCAAGAAAUCCGUCUUGUGAAUAAUGAUGAUAAAACAGUUGAGGCAAUGAGAGCGGCCUGCGAGAAAAUCCUUGGGAGAAGCCAAAAUUGGUCACAGGGAAUUGCACAAGCAGCCAAUAACCAAGCAGCAGCUCCUCCCUACCUAUCUCCGUCCCUCAGCAUUAAUGGUCUGAACCUUUUCUUAAAGAAAGGAAACAUAGAGGAGCAGUCAACAAACAUUAUUGUAAAUUCAACCUCGUCAUCCCUAGAUCUCCAUCAGGGGCAAAUCUCUAAUGCCAUUCUGAACAAAGCUGGACCAGAACUGCAACAUGAAAUACGGAAAUAUCUGCCUUAUCCUCCCACUGGCUCAAUGCUGCCCACACUUGGCUAUCGAUUGCCUUGCCAAUUUGUGUACCACACCAUAUUGCCUUUCUAUUCAGAGUGGUUUAAAGGGGACCCAAAACAGAUUCUGAAUAUGUUGAUCCUUCAGUGUCUGACUCAAGCAGCAAAUAUCCCUUCUCAGGGUCAACGUUCAAUUUCCUUCCCAACUUUGGGAACUGGAGCAUUGGGCUUUCCUAUAAAAACAGUGGCUGAAAUCAUGAUCCAUACUUUUCUUCAAUUUGCUUAUAAUUACCCAACCAUGUUAGAUGUGUACUUUGUAAUUCACCCCAAAGAUGAAGCAUAUUACAAGGUUUUUCAGGAUACUGUCCAAACAAUUCAAAAGUCGAACAACAUCAGAGUGAGUGCAGAGGAGCCAAGAGCAGAAACUAGUUCUCAGGAUGAGAAAAUAUGCAUAAUUAUUCGGGGUAACAGCAGUGAUGUGCAAGAAGCAGAGACAUUUCUGACUCAGAAUAUUCUGGUACCUGAGUCCAUUCACAUACAGAACAACCACAUUUUCCUUCUUGGAAAGAAGGAGCACAGAUCCCUAAGUUCCCUACACUUCUCUCAGGCUGAAAUAUCAGAGGUUCUGAGCAAUGGGAAGGCCUCACUGGAAAUUAAGGGCUCCCAAAAGGACUUGGCGUCAGCAGCAGUGCAGGUGGAGAUGAUGCUUUUGGAUGCACAGGAGGAACAUGCAGAGAAGCUAGAGGAUGAGCUGUUUGAGUCGGCAGUGCAAUGGAUGUAUGAAGGGAGAAAACAGAUGGACUGUUUCCCAGGAAGAGACAACAGGAAGAUAGAGGAAGCCUAUAUGUCCAAGAGUAACACUGAGCUCAGUAUCAGCGGGAAACAAAUGAGCUUUGAUUUCAUAAAUCUCACAGUGAAGGCUGCAGGGACAACGUAUCGCCUGUACAGAGAGUGCCAUCUGGCUCGUGACUAUAUCCCAAGGGCCCAUAAAGGCGGCAAAACGGUGGCACCCCUGUUCCUGCUGGAUCUGGUGAAUCCAUCCACAAAGGAAUUUAAAGACAGAGCAAAGGAGUUUAUGAAGGCCAACCUGGAGCUAGUCAAGAUGGUCAAAAUCCAAAAUAAAGUUUUAUCCGCUGUGUAUCAGUCCAUAAAGAGUGACAAUAAAGGGUUACAGGUGUACAAGCGCGUCCCCAGUGACUUCUGCAAACUCAUUGCCAGAGUUGGGUUCAACAGACUGUACAUGGGCUCAGGAGAUGCUGAGUACGAAGGGUGCAUUUGCUUCAAUAAGCAGCUUGAUGAAGUGUUGGAAGAUCCAACAGGAACAAAGGGCCUGGUCUGUAUCUUCCAGGCUGAGGUGGCACCCGGCACCCUAAGUGAGACGUGGAACAUGUUGCCCACUCCAUUGGCAUCUGAUGUGUUCAGUCUGUAUGACAGUUAUAUGGAUUCUAUCAAAGAUCCCAAAAAAGUUGUGAUUUUUGAUGGUCACCGUGCUAAUCCACAAUACUGGUUCAUUUGCAAGUGGAAAGGAUCCAAGGUUUAAUUAAGAGAAACUCUCCAAACACUAAUACACCUCAACUCUUGGCUUUCAUUUUAGUAUAGUGAGAAAGGAAUGACCCACCCUAAUGGCACAGAUAAACCACAUUUUGUCUUGGUUUGUAAGUCAGUAAGUUACAUUUUGGAGUUAAAAGUAUCUCAAUAGUUUUCCUUAGCCAUAUCAGUGCUGUAAAGUCUAACAAGCUGCCCAGGCUCCCCUUUUGCAGAAUCUAUGUAGCAAGGUGCCCAGGCUCCCCUUUUGUUACGUUUAUAUCUAGCUAGCUGCCUACACUCCCCUUUUACAGAAUCUAUGUAGAAAGGUGUCCAGGCUUCCCUUUAGCAAAGUCUGCAUAGCACCAGCUGGGUUGGGGAAGGGGCACUAGCUCUAUCUACAUUUGAGGCACAGAAACAAAGCUCUAUCCACAGAUGCCUCACCUUCUAAGACUCCAGUCAGUGAGAAGCCACCAGAAAACAUGACCAUUUACUGCAGGCUAAAGUAGUGAUGUCUAAUGAGUACUUAGGAUGACAUGAACCUGCCCAUUUUGGUGCAGUGUUGGUUAUGGAGAUGACAAGUGCUUCAUUCUAAGCAUUUUUGACAGAAAAUCAUGACUUUGAUAUUAUUGUAUAACACUGAAGUAUUUCUGUACCAUGGGUAACAUAAGGUAAUAACUGAUGAUAAUCCUUAUAAAAAAUCUGCAUAGAGAUGUAAUUCCAUACACGAAUGUUAUGGAAUUCCCUUUGUAAUAUAACAAAACAGCAAACAAAUGUGCAAAUUUACAUGCAAUACUAUUAACAAAUGCACUUGCAAAUAUACACACCCUUACUCUACUUUACUCUGAUGAAUUGCAUACAAUUGUUAAAUGCAGGACACAAGGGAGCCCUGGAAUUGCCACUUAACUUAAGGAGGUGUCACGAAGUUCUAGUUUAUUGUUGGAUAUCCAGUUGGCAGUUGGACACCCACCUACAUCCUAUGGGUGGUAUAAAAGGACUUCACAUCAUAGUUUUAGCUGGGUUGUGGUACAAAGAAGUCCAGCAACAGCCAAUCAUGCACUGGUACUAGUUGUAACUUAAGAAAAAAACUUUCUUUUUUUUCUUAUUUUUAACCAAGGGGGCUAGUCUGGCACGGGAGCGUGUAACCUCCAGUGUGAUUCAAAUAAAGACUUCUAUAUAUUCUGGGUUUGGGGAUUUUCCUUAUUUCUGUGUGAUUAUAAAAAUGGACUUUAAAGUUUCAUUAUAUUUGCUUCUGUAGUAUAAUCUAUAAAUAAAAUAAUAUAUGAAUGUA